GUUAAUGCUCACAACCAUAUCGUCAUGCAAGGGUACUUCCAAAAUCUGAUUGCUUAUCCGGAGAAGAGUUCCAGAACAAAACCUUUCGGACCAUGCACAAAAUUUAUGCUCAGCUGUCCCCUCUCCCUUAUCCUUUCAAUUUGAUUAAUAUUUGCGUUCACUUUUCGAAACACUUAUUGCAAUAGUAUGCACAGCAAAGUAAAUUGAAGGAAAAAAAAAAAAGAAGCAACUGCUCGUAAAAUUAUGAAUAUAAGACAAAAGGAUAAAAAAAAUUGGGUGAUAUUUAUAGAUGUCGUUGGGACUUGGGACAGUGAUAUUUAUAUCUGGGCCAACACGUUUCGUCACAUCUUCUGAUGGCGGCAGUUUUUUUUUCACUCAUCUGUUCCACAAUUCAACGCCGCAAAGGCGCAAAGAAAGCAAUAUAGCCUUUGUUUCUUCGCUUUAUUAAGAAAAAAAAAAAGAAGCAAAAUUGCCUUCACUUUUUUCGACUUUCUAAAAUCCAGUGGUCUCAGUCAUGGCUCAAGGAGACUCCAACUUCCUACAUGUAGCUACUGAAAUGAUUAAUGAAGAGGAACAGAGGCUGAAAUACUUGGCAUUCGUUCAAGUAACGGCUGUGCACGUGGUUUUGUGCUUGACCAACCUCUUCGUUUACGCUAAGGAAAGGUCGGGACUGUUGAAGCCUGGUGUCGAGAUCGUUGAGCGAAUUAUUAAGAGCUUGGUUCGACUGGUUUUUGAUAAGUACUUUAAUGUCCCUGGUGAGCUUCUCAAAUUUGUUGAUCGCAAGGUUGGUGAAUCUGUGACUAAGAUUGAUCGUCUUGUCCCUCCAGUCAUCAAGCAGGUCUCAUCCGAAGCCAUUUCUGCUGCCCAAAAGGCUGCAGGAGUGGCUGGGAGUGUGGCUACUGAGGUCCAGCGUGCUGGAUUUGUGAGCUCCGCCUCAGGAUUCAUCAAGCAGGUCUCAUCCGAAGCCAUCUCCGCUGCCCAAAAGGCUCCUGGGGUUGGUGAAUCAGUACGUAUGAUUGAUGGUCUUGUUCCUCCAUUCAUCAAGCAAGUCUCAUCUGAAGCCAUUUCAGCUACCCAAAAUGCUGCAGGAGUGGCCGGGGGUGUGGCUACUGCGGUCCAGCCUGCUGGGGUGGUGAGCACUGCCUCAGGAUUCAUCAAGCAGGUCUCAUCUGAAGCCAUCUCGGCUGCCCAAAAGGCUCCAGGGGUUGGUGAAUCUGUGGCUAAGCUUGAUAGUUUUGUCCCUCCAAUCAUCAGGCAGGUCUCAUCCGAAGCGAUCUCGGCUGUCGAAAAGGCUGCAGGCGUGGUUGGGGCUGUGGCUACUGAGGUCCAACAUGCUGGAAUGAUUAAAAAUGAAGAACAGAAGCUGAAAUACUUGGCAUUCGUUCAAGUAGCCGCAGUCCAUGCAGUUUUGUUCUUCACCAACCUCUACCUUUACCUUAAGGAAAGGUCAGGACCAUUGAAGCCUGGCAUUGAGAUCGUUGAGCGAAUGGUUAAGAGUGUGGUUCGACUCUUUUUUGGCAAGUACUCUGAUGUCCCUGGUGAGCUUCUCAAAUUUGUUGAUGGCAAGGUCGGUGAAUUUGUGACUAAAAUUGAUCGUCUUGUCCCUCCAGUCAUCAAGCAGGUCUCAUCCAAAGCCAUCUUGGUUGCCCAAAAGGCUGCAGGAGUGGCUGGGGUUGUGGCUACUGAGCACCAGCAUACUGGAGUGGUGAGCACUGCCUCAGGAUUCAUCAAGCAGGUCUCAUCCGAAGCCAUCUCGACUGCCCAAAAAGCUCCAGGGGUUGGUGAAUCUGUGACUAAGAUUGAUCGUCUUGUCCCACCAGUCAUCAAGCAGGUCUCAUCCGAAUCCAUCUCGGCUGCCCAAAAGGCUGCAGAAGCGGCUGAGGGUGUGGCUACUGAGGUCCAGAAUGCUGGAGAGACACUGAAAUACAUGGCAUGCUUGCAAGUAGCUGCUGUCCAGGUUGUUUUGUAUUUGACCAAAUUCUUCGUUUACGCUAAGGAAUGGUCGGGACCGUUGAAGCCUGUUGUUGAGAUCGUUGAGGAACUGGUUAAGAGUGCGGUUCGACUGGUUUUUGAUAAGUACUUUAAUAAUACCCCUGUUGAGCUUCUCAAAUUUGUUGAUAGCAAGGUUGUUGAAUCUGUGAAAAAGAUUGACCGGCUUGUCCCUCCAGUCAUCAAGCAAGUAUCAUCCGAAGCUAUCUCGACUGCCCAAAAGGCUGCAGGGGUCCAGCUUGCUGGAGCAGUAAGCACUGCCUCAGGAUUCAUCGAGAAGGUUGGUGAAUCUGUGACUAAGAUUAAUCAUCUUGUCCCUCCGGUCAUCGGCCAGUUCUCAUCUGGGGCCAUCUUGGCUGCCCAAAAGGCUGCUGGAGUGGCUACUGAAGUCCAGCUUGCUGGAGCGGUGAGCACUGCCUCAGAAUUAAUCGAGCAGGUUGGUGAAUCUGUGACUAAAAUUGAUCAUCUUGUCCCUCCAGUCAUCAGCCAGGUCUCAUCCAAAGCCAUCUCAGCUGCACAAAAGGCUGCAGGGCUGGCUACUGAGGUCCAGCUUGCCGGAGCUGGAGCGGUGAGCGCUGCCUCAGGAUUCAUCGAGCAGGUUGGUGAAUCUGCGACUAAGAUUAAUCGUCUCGUCCCUCCAGCCAUCAGUCAGGUUUCAUCCGAAGCCAUCUCAGCUGCCCAAAAGGCUGCAGGAGUGGCUGGGGGUCUGGCUUCUGAGUUCCAGUCUGCUGGCGUUGUGAGCACUGCCUCAGGAUUCAUUGGGCAGGUCUCAUCCGAAGCCAUCUCAACUGCUCAAAAGGCUCCAGGGGUUGGUGAAUCUGUGACUAAGCUUGAUAGUCUUGUCCCUUCAAUCAUCAAGCAGGUUUCAUCCGAUGCCAUCUCGGCUGUCGACAAGGCUGCAGGAGUGGUCGGGGGUGUGGCUACUGAGGUCCAUUCUGCUGGAGUCCUAAGCAAUGCCUCAGGAUUCAUCCAGCAGGUCUCAUCCGAAGCCAUCUCGGCAGCCCAAACGGAUUCAGGGGUUGGUGAAUCUCUGACUAAGCUUGAUGGUCUUGUCCCUUCAAUCAUCAAACAGGUCUCUUCUGAAACCAUCUCGGCUGCUGACAAGGCUGCAGGAGUGGCUACUGAGGUCCAGCAUGCUGGAGUGGUGAGCACUGCCACAGGGUUAAUCGGGCAGCUCUCAUCCGAAGCCAUUUCGACUGCCCAAAAGGCUUCAGGGGUUAACAGAUUUUUCAGACCUUUUAGCUCCAAUAUUUGAUUGACAGAGAGUAUUCUAAGACUGAUGAUGUCUAGCACGUUAGGGAAAGGUUUGUAGCAGUUGCUUUGUUUGAAGUGUUGUGUUGGGACUCUUGGCACGUGGGAUUGUAAAAGUUCUUAAUAUUUCUCAUUUUUAAGUUUGAGAUGUUAUUAUAUUAAAUUAAUAUUAAAUUAGCUUUGUAAUUUUAAAAUCUCAUAAUAUAAAUUUACUAUACAUGCACUAAACACAAAAUAGUCAAAUCUCAAAUUUCAGUAUCCCCUUUUACCAUUUCAAACAUGAAUUUCUAGUCAAAUAUCUAGAAAUAUAAAAUAAAUUUACUAGUGUUUCUUUAUCUUUCCAUUGUCAAAAGUCCUGAAGCAGUGGUUAUUAUUAGUAUAAUAUUUUUAUUUUGGUGAGGGAGCUAUUU